UACAUACAUCAUAUGGUCAGUAUUGUCAGUAGCGUUGCGCGCGUCUUUACGUGAAGCAGUAGGAGAUAGAAGAUGCUGGACGAUGUAUCCCGCUGCAUUGGACCUUCCUUACGUCUUAUGGGAACGUGAGGAUAUUAAUUCAAUUUUAUAUAGACCGAUCAACUCGACUCAACGAAUAAAGUACACAUGCUUCAACGCUUCAUCAAAUUACAUUUUACUGGGCUCGACCAGUGGCAGUAUUUACGUGUUCUCCAGAAAACCAUGUUCAUUGUAUAUAAUACCCUUAUCGGAGGGUGUGAUUUCACGAAUAGCGAUAUCACCUGACGAAAAGAAUGUAGCAUUAGCAACAGCUCGUGGCACAGUCAGUAUAGUCUCUCUGAAAUCUACACCUCAACUGAUAGCUAUAUCUAUGGGACAUUUAUAUGAACAGAUCACUUGUCUCUGUUGGAAUAAUAAUAGCACCGAUAUAUAUGUAGGAGAUGCAGCUGGCAAAGUUUCUGUCAUAGUAUUAUCUAUAUUUGCGGUCAAGGGAAUGUUUCAAACUCCGAUCUGCAUACUGAUGAACUUGGAUUCUAGCAUCGUACAGUUGGACUUCUUCUCACCUCUACUCCUAGUCUCUACAUUAUCGCGCUGUUACAUUUGCGAAACGGUGCAAGAACAGUAUAAACAUAUAGGCAACAAGCCACGGAGUGGCGAAUUUGGUGCGUGCUUUUAUAAAGUGCACGAGAACACCGCGUUGAAUCUGCAGAAAGAGGAGAGAAACAUAAAUGAUGUGACGCAUAACGCGUUUAACUUGAUCUCGGAUAACGACAGCAACAUCCUGGGCGAGAAGAAUCAUACGAAGAUCUUUUGCGCUCGACCCGGCUCGAGAUUGUGGGAAGUAUCAGCUGACGGAACCGUCGUGAACACUCAUCAGUUCAAGGAGGCUCUGGCCAUUCCUCCGACAACGAUACUUCGAUCGAGUCUCUUAGACUUUAGUCACAAGGAGGAAAUAGAGCGCGAAUGGCCGUCACAGUCCAUCAACUUCUCGCAUUUGUUCGUGAUCGCGCGCAGAUAUCUGUUUUCCUACACGAAUAGCGGCAUGUACAUUAUUGAUCCCAUCAACGAGAGCGUGUUAAUGUGGAGCAACGAGUACACAAAUAUCGUCAUGGCCGCGGUCGUGGACGAUCAUAUCUACCUGAUGACCUGUGAUAGCGAAUUUCAUUGUCUAGCGUUAUCGUCCCUCGACAGUCUGAUACUGCGAUUGUAUCGUCACGAACGGUAUAGUGAAUGUAUAAACGCGUGCUAUGUAUAUAGGUCGCAAUUGUCCAGACUUACCGAUAUUAAGGAGACCGUCGAGAUGUUUGAAAUGGAGGAAGAUCUGCCGCGAGUUUCGCAAGACGCGAAAGCGAUGCUGCGGCCGUUGAUAACGCUUUUGCAAGCUGGUAGUAAUAAUAGACCGGCUAAACUAGACUCCGGAAUCGUAAUCGUGCAUUCGGAGAACGGCGGAUUCACGAAGAGAACGUACGACUGCGAAAGGAUAUCCGCGUUGCAGUCUCCCGAAACUUCCAAUGAAGACGAAAAUCUCGCACGAGAAGAAACGACUUCAACGGACCUACUCGAUUUGGACGAAGAUAAUUGCGAGAAGCUCGACGACUCGCAACAAAAUGUAAUGCACAGAGUGCAGUCCGACUUGCAGCUGGUCUACGAUUUGGCAAACAGCGUCAGGCCUAACAUAUCGGAGAAGGAAAUCGAGGAGAUCAUUUUAGAGACGGAAAAGCUGAUGAAAACUAUUAAAGAAUUCUACAAAAGCUCGUCUGGACUUCAGAGUUUCAUUUACGAAGUCACUCGCGCCGCCGAAUUGCACUGUUAUAAUACAUUUUUGGAAAACGCUUCGGUGGAACUACUCCACUCCAUCAGCAACGACUUGAUCGUGCGACAAUUCGCCCGGGCCUUUAUUCAGAUCAACUCGCCAGCUUACGCCAGAUGCAGCUGCGGCUAUCCCUAUCCGAUAGAGAAGUCGGUGGAGCCGAAGUUCCUGGCGAUCGGCGAGUCCUUGAUCAGGAGAUACGCGGAUGCAGAUCUGCCGAAGGAAUGUAGCAACGUCUGCGACCAGGUGCCCUACAUGUGGCGCGUCUACCUGGCUAUCUGUAUCGAGAGACGGAAUACGCUAGACGACUUGUUGAGACAGUGCCUUCAGACAAGGGAUAAGGUCGUAUUAUCCUUCCUUUUGCCGGCAUUGAACGAGCAACAGUGGAGUUGCGUUGACACGUGCCUGAGCGAGAUCGAGGAAGGAACUUGCCUGUUUUGCGCGAUGCCUCUCACCGAGAAACCCGAUUACAACGUAUUAGUAGAUUGGAGCGCUAUCGCCGGAGAGAUUAUGAAAAGAGAGGGACCAGACCAGGCCACAGCGUUUCUAAUUAAGCUGGAGAACAUGAUUCCGAAUGUUAAUUUCGACAGAAGUAUAUUCCAAUCUAUCGUAUUUACAAAAAUGCUGCAUCGUCGUGGUCUGAAGAAGUCUAUCGAUUUCAGUAAAACUAAUCAAUUAUCGGAAUUCGGUACAAUAUGCUCGUCACAGGUGCGCGAACAGCUGGCGAAAUCGCUGGAGAAAGAUUUAAGGCGACCGAUAAACGAAAAUGUGUUCGGGAGCGGCGCUCAUCAUUGGGGUAUGCGUCAUCAGGCUAAAUCAUCGACGUGCCCGUGUUGCACAUUAUCUUUACAGACGCCGAUUUUAUUAGGUGAUAGUGGAAUCGCGAUCUUCCGUUGCGGUCACGCCUAUCAUGUAAACUGUAUGAUAGAGAGAAAGCUCACUAGAUGUAAUCUUCAUUAGCAAAUCAUUAGCAAUCUUGUAAAUAAAAGUCAAAUAAAAAAGAGUUACACACGCAUUGUACAUGUCUCUCUUAUAUAUAAAUUAAAUCUCUCUUCAUAUAUAUAUAU